AUGGGAAGUAAUAGCGACGAGGGGCUACUGAACAGGAUCUCAUUCUCAGGGCCAGCAUCCCUCGGAAACGGCCACCCCAGCCCCCAUGGGUUCCCACUCCGAGAACCAUUUGGUGUUCCUUUCCAUUUUGACCCAGCAUACUGGGACCACCAAGCCUGCGGUGGAUAUUCAGGAAGGUUCUCUUACUUGCCCUUUUCUGGGUACGUAGGAGUCUAUGACUACUCUUUUGAGCCUGCCUUCAUUCGAAAGAGGAACGAGAGGGAGAGGCAACGGGUUCGUUGUGUGAAUGAGGGCUACACGCGCCUCCGAGACCACCUGCCCAAGGAGUUUGCUGACAAGCGUCUCAGCAAAGUGGAGACUUUGAGAGCUGCCAUCACUUAUAUCAAACACCUCCAGAACUUGCUGGACCAUCAGCCUUUAGGGACAAUUCCUAAAAUAGUAGUCCCAGCUGCGGAGGCCGCUGGUGCUUCUGAUCUUAGCUUAAGAAGGGAAUGCAACAGUGAUGGAGAAUCAAAAACUUCAUUGGCUUCAUCGCCCUACAGCGAAUUUGAAGAAGUCUGCAGUUAA